GGCCCGCUUCGACAGCCGCGGUUUGCGGAGAACAUUCAGCGGCUUUAAACAAACACCCUUCAGCAGCCGGUAUUUGAUCCCCUGAAGCCGGCUAGAAUCCGGACAGAGACCUCAUGAAUGGAAAUCGGAACUACAGAAGCCGUUGGGGCUGCGCCCCUGUUCUCCGUACCUCGGAGGCCAGGCUAUGGCACCAUGGGGAAGCCCAUCAAGCUGCUGGCCAACUGCUUCCAGGUGGACAUCCCCAAAAUGGACGUCUACCUGUACGAGGUGGACAUCAAGCCCGAAAAGUGCCCACGUCGUGUUAACAGGGAGGUGGUGGAUUCCAUGGUGCAGCACUUUAAGGUGACAAUCUUUGGGGACAGAAGACCAGUCUAUGAUGGCAAGAAAAGCCUCUACACCGCCCAACCGUUGCCAGUGGCCACAGCGGGGGUGGACCUGGAUGUGACCUUGCCAGGUGAAGGUGGGAAGGACAGGCUGUUUAAGGUCACCAUUAAGUUUGUGUCCCUAGUCAGUUGGCACUUGCUGCAUGAGGUCCUCACUGGGAGGAGCACACCUGAUCCUCUGAACCUGGAUAAGCCAAUCAGCACCAAUCCCGUACACGCUGUAGAUGUUGUUAUGCGCCAUCUGCCCUCUAUGAGGUACACCCCAGUGGGACGAUCUUUUUUCUCUUCCCCCGAGGGCUAUGAUCACCCACUGGGUGGGGGGAGGGAGGUGUGGUUUGGCUUCCACCAAUCAGUGCGUCCAGCUAUGUGGAAAAUGAUGUUGAACAUUGAUGUGUCUGCCACUGCAUUCUACAAAGCUCAGCCUGUGAUUCAGUUUAUGUGUGAGGUUCUGGAUAUCCACAACAUCGAUGAGCAACCUCGACCUCUCACUGAUUCCCAUAGAGUCAAAUUCACCAAAGAGAUCAAAGGUCUAAAGGUGGAGGUCACCCACUGUGGCACCAUGCGGAGGAAGUACAGGGUGUGUAAUGUUACUCGCCGGCCAGCCAGCCACCAGACGUUUCCAUUACAGUUGGAAAAUGGACAUACCGUGGAGAGAACAGUGGCACAAUACUUCAGGGAAAAGUACAACUUGCAGCUCAAGUACCCCCAUCUGCCCUGUUUGCAAGUAGGGCAGGAGCAGAAGCACACAUACCUGCCUUUAGAGGUGUGCAACAUUGUGGCAGGCCAACGCUGCAUUAAAAAAUUAACAGACAACCAAACUUCCACCAUGAUCAAAGCCACGGCCCGCUCUGCACCGGACAGACAAGAGGAGAUCAGUAGACUGGUGCGCAGUGCCAACUACAACUCGGACCCCUUCGUACAGGAGUUUCAGUUCCGUGUGCGGGAUGAGAUGGCGGAGGUGACUGGUCGUGUCCUGCCCGCCCCUAUGCUGCAGUAUGGCGGCAGGGUGAGCUCUGAACACUUUAUGAAUCGUACAGUGGCCACCCCAAGUCAUGGAGUGUGGGAUAUGAGAGGCAAGCAGUUUCAUACUGGUGUGGAGAUCAAGAUGUGGGCCAUUGCUUGCUUUGCCACUCAGAGACAAUGCAGAGAGGAAGUUCUCAAGGGCUUUACAGACCAGCUGCGGAAGAUCUCUAAAGAUGCAGGGAUGCCCAUACAGGGUCAGCCAUGUUUCUGCAAAUAUGCUCAGGGAGCAGAUAAUGUGGAGCCCAUGUUCCGCCACCUGAAAAACACCUACGCUGGCCUCCAACUCAUAAUCGUCAUUUUGCCUGGGAAAACUCCUGUCUAUGCUGAAGUGAAACGUGUUGGAGACACUCUUCUGGGAAUGGCCACUCAGUGCGUUCAGGUGAAGAACGUGGUGAAAACCUCCCCUCAGACCCUCUCCAAUCUCUGUCUCAAGAUCAACGUCAAACUGGGUGGCAUCAACAACAUACUGGUACCCCAUCAGCGCCCAUCUGUAUUUCAGCAGCCUGUCAUUUUUCUGGGAGCUGAUGUCACUCAUCCGCCUGCAGGAGACGGCAAGAAACCCUCCAUUGCAGCUGUGGUGGGCAGCAUGGACGCUCACCCCAGCAGGUACUGCGCUACUGUCCGUGUUCAGAGACCCAGACAGGAGGUGAUUCAGGACCUGGCGUCCAUGGUGCGAGAGCUUCUCAUCCAGUUCUACAAGUCCACCCACUACAAACCCACCAGAAUCAUCUUCUACAGGGACGGUGUGUCUGAGGGACAGUUCAGACAGGUGCUGUACUACGAGUUGUUGGCCAUACGUGAAGCUUGUAUCAGCCUUGAGAAGGAAUAUCAACCAGGAAUUACCUACAUUGUUGUGCAGAAACGUCACCACACUCGUCUCUUCUGCGCUGACCGCACUGAGAGGGUGGGCCGCAGUGGUAACAUACCAGCAGGUACCACAGUGGACACUGAUAUCACCCAUCCUUACGAAUUUGACUUUUAUCUGUGCAGCCAUGCUGGAAUACAGGGUACAAGCCGGCCUUCACACUACCAUGUGCUAUGGGACGACAACUGCUUUACAGCCGAUGAAUUCCAGCUCUUGACCUACCAGCUGUGCCACACAUAUGUGCGCUGUACCCGCUCCGUUUCCAUCCCUGCGCCUGCCUACUAUGCCCACCUAGUGGCCUUUAGAGCCCGCUACCAUUUAGUGGAUAAAGAGCACGACAGUGCGGAAGGCAGCCAUGUGUCGGGCCAGAGUAAUGGCCGAGACCCCCAGGCUCUGGCCAAAGCUGUGAAGAUCCAUCACGAUACUCUGAGGACCAUGUACUUUGCUUAGCCCCGCCUCCACAGACCUGUCAGUCGCUGGUCAUCGUGCACUUAGCGGAGGAGGGCUUCUCCCAAUCACAGGCUGCUAAAAAGAACCAAAUGUAGAACUUACAGGAGGAACUAGCACUGUUAUGCAAUAGAAAAACAGCCAAUCUUUCCAGUCUGCUUCGCUUACUAAUUGUUUUUAAUAUGUAGAUUGCAGCUAUACCAUUAUUUAUUAGAUUCAUAGAUAUGUUUAACUAUUAAUUUUGCCUAUUUAGGUCACAAAACAAAGCUUAAAAAGGUUUGCUUGAUCAACUCGUACUAUAUCAGUGAAUAAGGCAGUGUUAUUUUAUUUAGGACCGGCGUGAUGAGCCUACUUGUCUGGAUUUCACCUUCUACAGAGUUUUGUUUCACAACUAAUCAAACGCACAUGAAUUUGGACAUCAGUGUCUUCAAGUUUAGUUGAAAAUUACAGGCAGGUGUGUUCGAACUAGUCUUUGGAACCACCUUUGGUUCAGGAUUAGUAUUUUAUUAGGUUUGGUGAAGUUGCUUGAUGGAGGAAUGCCACUAGAGGGCAGUGCAAAGUUUGCUAUGACAUCUUACUGUAGGUCCUCCACUGUUCCUCUGGAAAUUUGUUGCGCUAAUCAGAGACCAUUUUUGAUGUUUUACUAGUAACUUAAUAGUAAAUCAUGCUUUUCCAGCAAAAUCUAAUCUAGCAUCUGCGAAAAAAAACAAGACAACUGAAAUUUCAUUCCAUUUUUAUUCCAGCUAUUCAGAAAUCCAUAUUUGUUCCUUUACAUCUCAUUUUCCAUGUGUCCAUGUCUUAUUCUGCUUUUUGAACAUCGGAGGCACCUCUUUUCUUCCAAUUUCAUAGUCUUUCAAACGAUUCUAUAUACCUCUGUGAUACAUUAACUGUCUAGUUCAUGCGCUGUCUGGAAAAUAUUGCGCCUACCAUUGAACAAUUGGUUCUUUGUGGUUCCUGGCAGCUUUAUCUUCGACUCGCUCACUAAGCAGAGGUGACAGAUUAGCUAAGGACUGCAGAAUCACCAAAAGAUGAACUUUGAAACUCAAGGGUUGGCAAAAAGUUUCCACAUAGUCAACUGUUUAUGUCUCUGUGUUGAAUGCUUUGUGCCUCAUUCGGUUUGAGUGUGCUUACAACGCAAGUGUUCAAAUCAGUCGGAGCGUGACCAUAACACAUUUGAUGGAUGUGUGUGCACAUAUAAUUCCACCCAAGGCUACUCGGAGGCCUACGUCACCAUUAAUAUUAACUUUACAGCUGUUAGACAUUUCAUUCUGACUUGUGAUCUUUGAGCUUAUUUAUAAUGUUGCUUUUAUCUUGCAUUUGUCAAUAGCGCAUUUGUAAAUUAUCUAUUUAACUUAUCAGUUUCUUAAUUUCGCGUUUUAUCCCUGUGAACUCUGACAAACACUGUCCUAUAAGCCUUUUAGUGCAAUAAGCCAAUUAUUAACGGCUCUGUCGUAGACUUUCGUAAUACAAUGCAAACCAUACUGAGUGAAUGCUUUAAUUUUAAAAAACGUUUUGUUGUAUGUGGCAUUGUGUAAGAGAACUUGAAAUGGAUGGUGUGCUUUAUGGCUGGAAUGCUGGGUUGAGUUUACAGAGAAGAUGGUUACUCUCGUGGGUAUGUUUUAUGGGAAAGAUUCUGAGUUUGCUGUCAAGAGAUCAUGGACAAACCUUUCAUGUAAAGUCAAAUGAGACAAAGUGCCUGUUUUAUAGGAAGUAUCCCUAAAACGCAAUUCUAUUGGGGUAUGUUUUAAAUAUAUAUUUAAAGUAAGUGGAAUGUACAUAGGUUGGACAGAUAUUUAACUAUUGAAACUGUUAUUAAGGUCUUUUUGUUGUUAAGGGCAAUUUGAAUAGUUGAACUAAUAUAAAACUGACUAAACCAAGUCCUGGGUCAUUUUCAUUUGAACUUUCUUUUGAACAUUCAAAUUGUCUUUGAACUUUCAGACAUUCUUUUCAAUGUUUGAAUUUUCAAAAAGCUGUUUUUGAACUUUCUUUUAAACAUUUGGACAUUCUCUUUUGAGAUUUUAAAUUGUCUUUUGAGCUUUCAAACUAUAUUUUGAACUUCAAAACUUUUUUUAUUGUUUAAAUUUUCAAACAUUCUUUUGAACUUUUAGGCCCUUUCUUUUAACCUCUUUUCUUCAAACCCCUGCUUGUUCAUAGCCCCUGUAUAUUCAACUGCAUUCCACACAGACCAAACCAAUGUGCCUAGGAAAACAGGGGUGGCAGGGAGUAUUGAGUAAAAGCAUUUGAAUUGUAGUAGGGUAGGUGGAGGGUUAUAUUUGUUAACUCCAUGGCCUCUGGCACACUUUCACAUCACCCUUAAUGUGAAUGGCACUGUGGUCUUGCUGCCCUACAGCCACAAAUACAUGUUGACCAGUGUAGCUGCUAUUUUACAUAAACUACAUCUGCUUUUAUGAGAGAACGAGAGAUUCUGAGAAAUGACUGACAAAUAUUGCUGCACUUAAAAAGCUGUACAGUCUCAGAUUUGGCGAAACGCCCAAGGUGCUAAGAGGUGUGGUGCUGUAAUUCGGGGAUGUUAACUACGCUAAACUGUCUGCUCUGCAUUUACUGCGAAAAUUUUAGCAAUUUUAAUGUAUGAUGAAAAAAAUGUAGAUCUUCAGAGCCUUGUUUUGAUUUUUUUUCAGAGUGUGAUGGUCGGUUAGCUUGCUAAGUUUUUAGAAAAUUGUUUGCGAAUUACCAAACCCACAUAUGUGAUACUAUAUCCAAACAGUUUAAAUAAAAUGUCAGUUUUAGCGAGUUAUCUGGAGUUUAGUUCUGUAAAAAAAUCUUUGCGCUAAUGUCAAAUUUCUUUGGUGCUCUUUUUCAUUUGUUUUGAUGUGUUGAGAACUGUUACUUCUCUGCCGCUACCAGCAUUUGAACUUACUUGAAUAAGGGGAGUGAUCAGUAGAACCUUCACCCGUAUGCAUGUUUGGCUUUAGAUGACCGCUUGCUUAUACAGCCUUCUGAAGUUGCCACGGAAUAAAUCGUUAAAAAAAAAUUCCUGUAGGUGGGGCUAUUUGAGUUGGUGGGUGUGGCUUAAAUGGCACCUCCCGCUGAAACUGUGAUGCGACACUCUCCACCCCUUGGCUUAAAGCUGGAAUGCGGAUACCUUAAAGCAUUUUUAAUUCAGAGGAGAAGUAUAUUUUUAAAAAAUAAAAAAAAGCUGCAUAAUGCACAUCAAUUAUUUUUGCUAACGAAGUCUAUGAAAGAAAAGCAAAAGAUGAUAAUAGUGAUCUUAAUCAUGAUAGUGACUAAUAUAAAUUGGGCUAAUAUGCAAUAGACUAUUGAUUAGUAGAUUCGUCUUGUCUUGUUUUUUGAAAGAAAGUCGUUCGUGAGUGUCUCUGCAAUGUCCUACGGUAUUUAUGCGCAAAAUUAUGUAGUUCACAAAGGGAUGAACCUUCACCACCAUCUUCUCGCUUUAUUUUUUAUUUUUUGACUUAGUUAUGAAGGUACCGCCUCAAACAUUUCCCUUUAGUUGAUAAAAACGGGACAUUUAAAAAUGCCUGUAGGCGUCAAGCCCUCUUGAAAUCAAUAUAUUAAUUGUGUCUGAACUAAAGUGAAACUGUUUUCCCCAAGCCUAGAGUAUUUGCUGCUUGAGGUUAUUUUUUUCGGACGAUGUUGAGGUGAAGAUUCAUCCUUUGGGCAGACGAGUUAGUGGAAUGUGCCUUUUUUGAUGGUGCUGUUCUCAGACAGAUAAAAUGCGACAUUUUUAAGGGCCCAACAAGCCUAUAUUGAAGUUAUAUUAAUAUGAUAUACUGUAUAAUGUGUGUUCAAGAGUGUUAAAACUGUAUGUGUGGGUGUGAUUGUGCCUCUUUAUUCGCCAAGAACAUUAAAUCACAGAGCUUGCCAGUUACUGGGUCUCUGGACCAAACUUUCUACGAGGGUUAUAGCUACUUUUUGUAAGGAUUUGGCACUGCAAAACUAAUAGAUCAAGCACUGACCAGGCAGACUGUACCAUAAGAAGCCUGGGAACUCAUCCCAAGUGAUGUUUUCCCUUUAUUGUUUUUUGUCUUCAAACCAUUUUUAAUAACCAAGACAAAUCUGUGUUCUCUAUGUGUGAUGAAAUAGCAAUAACGGAAUUGGUAAUGUCACUAGUAUUUGGCCUAAAUUCCAGUUUUAGACACCUUUUCAUAAAUGAACUUCACGGAUCCAACUGUUACAUUUAUUAACAUGAUGAUCUGGUGAUUAUAAAACGAGGAUAUCUGUAUCUGUGAUUAAAUACAGCACAAUAUGUAUCAGAUUUAUCAUACUAUGCAAGCUUCUUCUCAUCUUGAAGGAGCUUCAUAGGAUUUUUCUGCACUCUUUCCAUUGUGAUGCAACAUGUUCAGCGCUCUGAUAUAAUGGUUUAGUUAAAGUGUGAUGAAAUAAUAUUACUGAAUUGAUAACAGAAAAUAUAUAUUUCUCUUGUUUUAUCUCAACCCUUCUAAUUGUGGUCUUUCAUCGGGUCUUUUUAUUUGGUUGUUCUAUUUAAUUGUCAAGAUUUUAAUUAAAACUGUAUGUAUGCAAACUUUGAUGGAUAUGUCUUUUGAACUGUUUGUCUUGGACAAAAAUUAUACAUGAAUAAAUAUUGAAUGUACAUGCA